AUGUCAUCAAACGCUAAGUUAACUAAAACAUUACAAAGAUUCGAAACUAGAAUUGCAGCUGGAGAUUAUUAUGAAGCUCAUCAAACUCUUAGGACAAUUGCAAACAGAUUUGUGAGGGCAAAAGCUUACGGUGAUGCUAUUGAUUUGAUUACUGAAGGUGCUUUAUCAUUUUUAAAAGUUAAGCAAGGUGGUUCUGGUACUGAUUUGAUUUUUUACUUACUAGAAGUGUAUGAUGUUGCAGAAAUUAAAGCUGAUGAUACUUCCGUCUCUAGAUUAGUGCAGAUAUUGGUGAACGUUGAUGUUUCCGAACCAAACAUCAAAGAUGUGAUUGUCGGAAUGAACAAUUGGUCUGUCAAAUUUGGAGAUUGUAAAUUUGGUGACCCAUAUCUGCAUAGUGUCAUGGGCAAGAAACUACUAGAAAGUGAUCAAUAUGUAUAUGAAGCCGAGAGAUAUUUGUUACUUGGUACAGAUGAUUCAUUACAAAAAUAUAUUGAAUUAAUGUGGGAUUGGUUAUUACAAGAAUAUGAAUCCAAUGGAUCAACAGGAAAUCCAAACGUCAGUGCCUACUUUAGUAGACUAAUAUUAAACUAUCUGUUCAUUUCAAACAUAUCAUUUGCUUAUGAAGCCAAGGAGAAGUUCUUGACGUUUUAUAUCAACAAAUUUUCUCCAAAGUACGAAAAAGUAGACAAAAAUGGAUUCAUUAUGUACCUUUUCGAAGACUAUAAAGACUUGAACUUCUUACAAUUAUUACUUCUUGUCUGUCAAACUAAAAAUAAAGAACUAUUUUUAAGUUUAAAACGCUUCUAUUCAGAAGAAUCCAGCAAAUAUGCAUCCGAGCUUGCAUUUUUAGGUCAAGAGUACUUCAAUAUUGUUGCACCAAAACAAUCAAACUUCUUACAAGAUAUGAUGUCCGGUUUCUUAGGUGGUAGUUUAUAG